GCUGAUCCUCUGGGCUAAAGAGAGAGGUUCUUCUAAACAACACCUUUGCUUCGCUGAAUAAAUGUUCUUAUUUUAACAGUCCUUGCUGGCUCUGGCAGUGAGCAAAGUGAAACAGCAUGUUAAUAACACGAGUGACUUCCCACUUGCUGAGGGCUUCACGGUUCACAGGCCGCCUCCUGCCCCGCUCCGUCUCGUCCUUUCCUUGCCACCGCUCUGUGACUGCACACUACAGCACUCAGCCCCCCAACACGAAUGGAGCCCAGCCUCAGCAGUGGCACGCUCUGGACCCUGACCUGGAAGAGAUGCUGGUGCCCAGGAAGCUCUCCAUCAGCCCCUUGGAAAGCUGGCUGACGGUCAGGUACUUCCUUCCGAAGGGAGAAGUCCUCGAUGCUCCGGAGCAAGUGGGUGAGGAACCUCUCCAGGGCUACAGCUGCCCCCCACCUGCUGAGGGAGAUGAGGUGGGGGAAGGAGAAGGAGCAGUUGGCAGCCAGGUGCAGUGCAAGAACGUCCUGGAGAUCCGCAGGAGGAAGAUGAAUCGGCACAAGUACAAGAAGCUGCUGAAGAGGAGGAAGUUCGUGCGGAGGAGGAUAAAGGAAGGGCGCAAGAAGAAACGCCAGAUCAAAUUUGAGAAGGACUUGGAGCGCAUCUGGAGAAGAGCUGGCUUGAAAGGCCCCCCCUCAGGAUGGCAGACACCCAAGAUCUUCCUCAAGAGUUCCAAGAGAUAAAGCAAACAACCAACAACCAACCCCUUGUAAUGAGUUGUAAUUAAAACACACUAUUUAAGUACCUGCCUGCCACUUA